AUGUCCGUGAGGCUAAAAUCUGGUUUCCAGUUGAAGUCACGCUUCAGUCCUUAUUUUUCUGACCCAAAUCCCAUAUUUCUCUGUGACGAUGGUGUCAUGCUUUGUGGCCGGGAUGAAGAUGCCCGAAUCAGAUUAUUCACCAGUCAUCUUGGAAGAAAUGAAUUUGGGGAUUGCGAUGGAUUAAAUGACGAAAUCACUGCCUAUGUGGCUAAUCCUAACGAUAAUACUGUAUUUCUUGCUACAAAAAGUCUAUUCUUGGCUCGAUACGAUAGAUGUGAGCACAAAGUGUUAUCGCGAUGGAAUUCUUCCCACUCCAGAACUAUUGGAGUAAUAGCUUUGAACGCGACCGCCACUCGACUUGCAACUGGUUCCAAUGAUUGUUCCAUCCGUAUUUGGCAUAUUGGUAAUUGCGAGGGAUUUGUAGCGAGCUGCAGGUGUCACACUUCCAAAAUUACCUUGCUUCGUUUUCAUCCGACCGAACCAUUAUUAAUGUCUUGUUCACUUGGUGAAGUUGAUGUGGUUGUUUGGAACACAGAGACAGGGGCGAAGGUGGCUACCUUGCAAGGACAUCAGGGAAACGUUACUGAUAUUGCAUUUUCGCCAUUGGAUGAACAAUUUACGACGUGUGGCCACGACAAGGUGAUUAUUGUUUGGUCUACUAAAACCAUGAAACGUGUCAAAGUCAUACCCGCAUUUGAGAGUCUUCAAGCCAUGGUCUAUCUCCCAGUUGGCUCGUUAAGGGACCGCAUCUCUUCAAAUGCAAAUGAAGGUAAAAGUUAUCUCAUUACUGGUGGUCAGUGGGGUAUCAUGCGUUUGUGGUGCACGUGGACCUCCCGCUGCGUUUUGGAAGUCCGUGGACCCACUAGCCACUCGUCUGAUUCAGCUGCUGCAAGUAAUCUAGACUUUGGUCUCCAUUCUGUGUCGCAUCUUUCACUUUUUCAUGUCUCUGCCUUUCCGGACAACCCUUACAUCCUUGUGCUUUCUCGAAGGAGCAGCCACGUUGAAUUUUACAAUGCGGAGACAUUGAAGCUUUUUUAUGAAUUUAUUGGGGAAAUAGGAUCAGUGGAUCAACUAUGUCUAAUGGGUGCCGCAAGGAAUCGUCUAGUCCUGACAGACGUCUCCCCGAACCUUAAACUCUUCUCCAAUCCACCCAGCUCCACUUCUUCAAGUGGUUCCUGGUCGUGUCAGUUAGUGCAAAGCCCACACACGGGUGUGAUCGGGGACAUGGCUGUCUCAAGUUGUGGUUUAUGGCUCCUCACUGGAGGCCAUGACCAAACGCUUUGUCUGUGGCAGCUCGUUGAACCAGAGGAGUCGGCAGGAAGGCUACGGCUCCUAUCGAAGGCGUGCACCAAAGAAGCUCAUGAUGCCCACAUCUCUGCUGUCUGUUUUGCUAGAGAUUCUUCAGCGGUGUUUUCAGCCUCCACAGAUGGUGUUCUCAAAACCUGGGAGCUUAAUCUGGGGGUUGUUGAUAAGCCAGACGAAAAAACCAAUGUGUUCGAGGAGGGUCGUUCAGUUCGAAAUGCACAUGAUGGAGCUAUCAACUGCGUUCAUGUCUCCAGCAAUGGGCGAUUCUUGGCUACCGGCUCUCGAGAUAAAACUGCCAAGAUAUGGUCUUUGGACCUUUUGCUCGCCGGGAAAGAUAUGCAACCGAAAUUGAUUGGUUCACUGAUUGGCCACAGACGAGGUGUCUGGUCUGUCCGUUUCUCUGAUCACGAACGAGUUCUUCUCACGGCUUCUGGUGACAAGGAUCUGCGUCUAUGGAAUCUCAAAGAUAUGACCUGCAUCCAUACCUUCGAGGGCCACGAAGAGCCUGUCUACCGCGCUGAAUUUAUCUCAAAGGGUCGGCAGAUUCUUUCCUGUGACCAAAGAGGCCUUGUACGAUUGUGGAAUCUUUCCAAGAAGAAUAAUACUUCUGCCGUCUCGUAUGACAAAAUUUCGCCAAAUGUGGUGGAAGCACAUCAAGGACGCAUUUGGACGAUCGCCGUCUGUCCGGACAAUGGUGGCUUCUAUACGGGUGGUGAGGAUGCCACUAUUUGUUUCUUCGAAGACAAAAGUGAAGAUAGUGCUCGGGAAAGUGCUGCGACUGUUGAGGAAUUCAUUAGAACGCAUCAAGAAUUGGAAAAUCUGCUCAAGAGUAAGAAGCAUAGGAGAGCUUUGCGUCUUGCUGUGAAACUGGACAAGCCUCAACGAACCUUCGAAAUUCUGCAGGAAAUUCUUUUUACGGAGGGUUUCAUCACAGUAGACGUUGGUAAAGGCAGCAGUCUGAGGCCUUUUGAACGCGCGCUCUUCAGUCUGGUGCCGAAACCAUCUGCUCCAGGUGAGGCACCCUCGGAGGAGAUGGCACAGCGUCUACUGAAGUAUGCUGUGCACUGGAACACUCGGGCGCGCACAUGUCUGGUGGCUCAACGUGUACUCAAUUGGGUUGUUUCCAAUUGGGCACCCGAACGACUGCUUAGGUGGCCAGGUAUUGGUCAUGCUGUUGCUGCUUUCAUCCCCUAUACUGCUCGGCACUAUCAACGUCUUGGCCGUCUGGAAGAGCAGAUGGCCGUCAUGGAUUAUCUUUUUGAUACUUCUUGUCAUAGCCGAAUUACAGAGGGUAACAAGUCCCUAGAAAAUGGGCUCCAAUUGCCGUCUGAACAGUCGGUGGGUGUGACAAUGGAACUGGAUGAUUUGGAAUCAUCUGCAUGA